GCAUGUGAAUUGUGGUUUUAACUUCCAACAUGGCGACGAUUAGUCACGAAGUAACGCCAGAUGCCUUACCUUACUACGAUCAAGGUUAUGAAAGACCCGAAGUGAGAGAGAUGGUGAAUCAAUUGAUUGAUGAAGAAACAAAGAGAUACAGGGGAUCAAAGAAGUAUCUUGAACAUCUACCCCCUGUUGUACUUGACAAGUUUUUGACUCCUAUCCUAAAAAAUGAGUUUGAUCGAAUAAAUAAGAGGCAACCAAUGGAUUUACUCAGCAUGAAAAGAUAUGAGCUUCCACUUCCAUCUACUGUUCAAAAAAAUGAUCUAACUGCUUGGCAAGAAGCUGUCAACAAUUCAUUUUCUCAAUUAGAGCAUCAAGCUACCAGAAUUUGUAAUUUGGAGCUUUUAUCAACAUACGGGAGUCAGUCUUGGAGAUUACAUAAUGACACAAUUGCUGAAAUGGUGCAGGAACAACAAAAGAAGUUACUGGAAAUAAGAAAAGAAAUUCAACAAAUCAACUGGCAAAGAAAAAGUGAUCAAAUAUCUGCUGGCAGGGAUUUACGAAGCUUAGAGGAGAGCUGGAAUGGACUUGUCAGCAAGAAUUAUGAAAUUGAGAGAGCUUGUGCAGAUCUUGAAGCAGAGAUAGAAAACAUAAAGAUGGCAGCAUCCUAAAUGUUUUUGAACAAUUCGUUGGCUUGAGCCAUUUCCUAAGAAACACUGUACAACUCCAUGAGUAACAGUCUUUGGACGGACAUGUAAGCACCUUAAUGCAUGAUGUGUGAAAGUGAUGCAGUUAUGGUGCGUAAAGGUCUUUGUGUUUUGCGGAUGGUGAGAAAUUAAACUCGUUAUUUUUUUGUUUAAAA